AUGUUGCUAAUGCUAUUAUAUGGAAUUUGGUUUCGAUUAUCAUUGUUGCUACCACUGCCUAUCCCUUGUAAAGGUAGAAGUAACGAAUAUGGUGUUGGUGUUUGGGACCAGGUUACUGGUAAACAAGUUGAUUUUUUUUAUGAGCCUUUACGUUGGUCGUUUGGUGAUGCUGAUAAACUUCAAUGGUUAGAAGGUAGUAACUGUUUGUUAGUUGCUACAAUGUUUCCUAGAAAAGAUAACUGUUACAUUAGUCUUUUGGAUUUCAGAGCGAAGAAAAUGGUUUGGUGUUGGUCUGAAUGGGUUUUAACGUCGAGACUUCGACGAAGCUAUGGUGGGUCAAUCUGUGAUUUUUCAAUUGGUGGUGAUAGGCUUUUUGCACUUCAUAGUGAAGAGAAUGUUUUUGAUAUUUGGGAGACUCCAACACCACCAAUUCUAUGA